AUGGGAGCUUCUUCGCAGCCUUUCCCUGUUUUCCUGUCCGUGAAAAACCAGCUUCGAGAAGCUGAUCAAGAAGACAGGAAUUUAUCGUAUGGGUAUCUGGGGAGCAAAGCGGGGGCAGGGCGAGGCAUGAAGCACAGGCUGAGGAGCGGGGGGAGGAGAAAGGUUUUAAUGAAGAGGAAGGCUCGCACGAUAGGAGGUUCUAGAAGACAAGGGGCCAUGGGGAUUGAGACGAGGAUCAGAACUCUGAAGAGGCUUAUACCCAGCAGCAACAGCGAGUCCGUGGGGUUGGAUGGGCUCUUCAGGGACACAGCCGAGUACAUUUUGUCGUUACAAACGAGAGUGAGAGUCAUGCAGAUUAUGGUUGACGUACUGGCAGUUUCUGACGGGUGAAUCUGAGUCAUCUGUAAAGAUUAAUAAUUAGGUUUUGUCUAGUUCCCCCUUGUGGUUUGUAGGGAUAUAUUAUAUAUAGAAGAUUCAUGUGCAUGUUUAAUCUCGCCUCCCAUCGCCUGGAUUUAGAACAGCAUGGGGAUCAUUUCAAUGAGUCACUGUGUGGAAAGA